AUGCUGUUUCAAUUUAUUACAAUUUCAACUAUAUUUUUGAUAUCUAGUGAGUUUUAUAAUUACCGUGGGAUUUGAGAUGAAUUGUUAUUUCUAGAAGUUUCAAGUCAAGAUAUUCGAUGUUAUGCGUGUACAACAAUAGAUGCAAAUGCAAUGUUGAGUGAAAUCUCAGAUCCAAAUUGGUUGCGAUGGUUGGAAAAUGUGAGAUAUGUUCAGUUCAGUCAGCAAUGCGCUGAUUAUUUUGAGGUAUGAUUUUUUUAACAUUUUUCUAAAAUCAGGACAAUCAAAACGUUCUGAUUAUAGGUUGAUUUGGCUUUGAGAGAUGGUGUGAAAAGCACAGAAUGUUCAAAUGGUGUUUGUAUGAAAAUGAUCUUCCAAGAACGAAAUGGUAAGUUCUCAUACCUUUUUGAACCCAGAUCAAUUUCAUUUUUUUUCUUGCAGGUGUCAGUCACGUUUGGCGUAAUUGUAUACCGAACGCAAAAGAGCAAAUCAGAUCGGAUUGCACAAAAAUCACAAGUGGUGAAGGUAACCUUUUUUGUUGUUGAAAACUAUUUUUUUGUGAAAUUGAUACUGACCAAACACGGUACUUUGAUUUAUUUGUUUUUCCCACGUCAAUUUCAAAACUGUCAAUAAUCCAUUUGAUGUUUUCAGGAGACUUGGAAGUUUGCACAUGCGAUGGCAAUUUGUGCAAUAUUUCGUCAUCGAAAGCCACACUGAUAUCAAUUGUAUUCGCUUUGUUUUUUGUCAUGUUCCUUUAA